AUGAGCCAUGAGCCCAAGUCCCCUUCACUAGGAAUGCUUUCCACGGCGACCAGGACCACGGCCACCGUCAGCCCCCUCACCCCCUCACCGCUCAAUGGCGCCCUGGUGCCCGGCGGCAGUCCCGCCACCAGCAGUGCCCUGUCUGUUCAGGCCGCGCCGUCCUCCAGCUUUGCCGCCGCGCUGCGCAAGCUCGCCAAACAGGCAGAGGAGCCGAGAGGGUCCUCACUGAGCAGCGAGUCAUCCCCCGUGUCCUCUCCAGCCACCAACCACAGCUCCCCUGCCAGCACACCCAAACGUGUGCCCAUGGGCCCCAUCAUAGUCCCCCCAGGGGGCCACAGCGUCCCCAGCACGCCCCCUGUGGUGACCAUCGCCCCCACCAAGACUGUCAAUGGCGUCUGGAGAAGUGAGGGUCGGCAGGACGCUGGCUCUCGGGGCAGCAGCAGCCGGGAUCGCCUUAUUGUGGAGCCCCCGCUGCCCCAGGAGAAGGCGAGUGGCCCGGCCAUUCCUUCCCACCUGCUCAGCACCCCCUACCCUUUUGGGGUCCCCCCCAGCUCAGUCGUGCAGGACUCCCGCUUCCCGCCACUCAACCUGCAGCGGCCUGUGCACCAUGUGGUGCCCCCCAGCACAGUGACUGAGGACUACCUAAGGAGCUUCCGGCCCUACCACACUGCCGACGACCUCCGCAUGUCCUCCCUGCCCCCACUCGGCCUGGACCCCGCCACUGCCGCCGCCUACUACCACCCCAGCUACCUGGCCCCACACCCCUUCCCACACCCUGCCUUCAGGAUGGACGAUUCCUACUGCCUGUCUGCCCUGAGGUCCCCCUUCUACCCGCUGCCUGCACCUGGCUCCCUGCCCCCGCUGCACCCCUCGGCCAUGCACCUGCACCUGUCUGGCGUCCGCUACCCACCUGAGCUUGCCCACUCAUCCUUGGCCGCACUGCACUCCGACCGACUGUCCAGCCUCAGCGCAGAGAGGCUGCAGAUGGAUGAGGAGCUGCGGCGGGAGCGGGAGGCUGACCGGGAGCGUGAGAAAGAACGGGAACGGGAGAAGGAACGGGAACGGGAGAAGGAGCUGGAGCGCGAGCGGGAAAGGGAGCGUGAACGGGAGCUGGAGCGUCAGCGGGAGCAGCGGGCCCGUGAGAAGGAGCUGCUGGCCGCCAAGGCGCUGGAGCCGGCCUUCCUGCCAGGGGCUGAGCUGCAUGCACUACGGGGCCUUACCUCAGACGAGCGGGCCAAGCCCGCGGAGCAGCUGACCCCGACACGCACAGAGAAGCUCAAGGAGACGGGUCUGCAGGUGCCCAAGCCCGUGCCGCACCCCCUUCACCCCACGCCAGCACCGCACCCCAGUGUGCCCAGCCUCAUCUCUAGCCAUGGGGUCUUCCAGGCACUGCCCAGCAGCAGUGCAGCCGCAGCCCUGCUCAUCCAGCGCACCAACGAGGAGGAGAAGUGGCUGGCACGUCAGCGGCGACUGCGGCAGGAGAAGGAGGACCGCCAGUCCCAGGUGUCGGAGUUCCGGCAGCAGGUGCUAGAGCAGCACCUAGACAUAGGCCGCCCACCAGUGCCAGUGGAGGGGGAGCACCGGCCCGAGAAUACCAGGCCAGGAUCAAACCGUCAUGAGACCAGCAGCCGAGACCCCCCACAGCACUUUGGUGGGCCCCCGCCCCUCAUUUCGCCCAAGCCUCAGCACCACACGGUGCCCACGGCUCUCUGGAACCCCGUUGCCCUGAUGGACAGUACCCUAGAGCCCCGGCGCGCCCCGGACAGCCACCCUUUGCACAGCCACAGUGGCCCAUUCGAGCCGGCCCGCCAGGCCGCAGUGCCACUGGUAAAAGUGGAACGUGUCUACUGUACCGAGAAGGCUGAGGAAGGGCCCCGCAAGCGCGAGGCCACCCCCCUGGACAAGUUCCAGCCACCAGCACGGGAGGUGGGGGGCCUUGAGCACCCCACCUUCCCUCAUGGGCCCGGGCCCUUCCUUGCUGAGCUCGAGAAGUCCACUCAGACCCUCUUGAGCCAGCCGAGGGCUUCUCUGGGCCAGGCAGCUGCCUUUGGGGAACUGGGCGGGCGGCCUCCAGCACAACGAGGCCCCGACCCAGCCUACAUCUACGAUGAGCUGCUACAGCAACGCCGUCGCCUGGUCAGCAAGCUGGACCUGGAAGAACGUAGGCGGCGCGAGGCCCAGGAGAAAGGGUACUACUACGACCUGGAUGACUCCUAUGACGAAAGUGAUGAGGAGGAGGUCAGGACCCACCUGCGCUGCGUAGCAGAGCAGCCACCCCUGAAGCUGGACACUUCCUCUGAGAAGCUGGAGUUUUUGCAGCUCUUUGGCCUGACCACCCGACAGCAGAAGGAGGAGCUGCUCCUGCAGAAGAGGCGGAAGCGGCGGCGGAUGCUGCGCGAGAGGAGCCCGUCACCCCCAACGGUGCAGAGCAAGGGCAGGCAGACCCCCUCCCCGCGCUUGGCGCUGUCUACCCGCUACAGCCCCGAUGACAUGAACAGCAGCCCCAACUUCGAGGAGAAGAAGCGCUUCCUGACCAUCUUCAACCUGACACACAUCAGCGCCGAGAAGAGAAAAGACACUGAGAGGCUUGUUGAAAUGCUCCGUGCCAUGAAGCAGAAGACGCUGUCAACUGCAGGGGCAGGCGCCCUGACGCGCACACCGAGGGACAGUCCUGCCUCUCCUAGCGAAGAACCAGCCGCACAGCAGGCCUCCCUGAACACAGACAAGCCCGUUGGCAUCACUGUGUCCCUGACUGACAUCCCAAAGGCCAUGGAGCCAGCUCCUGCCUGUAGCGAGAAGGCCAGGCCCAGUGAGGCGCCUGCAGGCAGGAAGGGACUGAAUCUACUGCACUGCAUCCGGGGCCCUGCAGCUAAGGACGUGCCCGUACCACUGUCCCACAGCAUCAAUGGCAAGAGCAAGCCCUGGGAGCCCUUCCUGGCCGAGGAGUUUGCACACCAGUUCCACGAAUCGGUGCUGCAGUCGACUCAGAAGGCCCUGCAGAAGCACAAAGGGCACACGGCCGUGCUGUCGGCUGAACAGAACCACAAGGUGGAUGCCUCCGUCCACUACAACAUUCCCGAGCUGCAGUCCUCCAGCAGACUCCCCCGGCCACAGCACAAUGGUCAACUGGAUCCCCAGCCUGGGAGGAAAGGUCCCCUCGCCUCAGAAAUGGAGAUGGACCAGGACUCGGAGGAUGACGACGAGGAGGAGGAGGAUGAAGAAGACGAGGAAGCCCCCAGACGGAAGUGGCAGGGGAUCGAGGCCAUCUUUGAAGCUUACCAGGAACAUAUAGAAGAGCAAACGUUGGAGCGCCAGGUGCUGCAGACUCAGUGCCGGCGGCUGGAGGCUCAGCACUACAGCCUCAGCCUCACAGCCGAGCAGCUCUCCCACAGCAUGGUGGAGCUGAGGAGCCAGAAACAGAAGAUGGUUUCGGAGCGGGAGCGCCUCCAGGCAGAACUGGACCACUUACGGAAGUGCCUUGCCUUGCCUGCGCUGCACUGGCCCAGGGGCUACUUUAAGGGAUACCCUAGGUGA